AUGGACGAUUCGAGAGAAGGAUGAACGUUUACACUGGGCAACCACAGCACUGGAAGAGAAAAGUACAGAACAGAACCCAUCGACGACUCUAUUGUUUCAGGUGAAAUGAACUUUUUUAGCUCUAUCCUGCUACCGCUAUUUACAGUUUUACUUGCAAUUACGUGCUUAGUAGUUGCUUUUUACGAUCCAAAGUCCUUUACAAAGCAAACAUAUGCCAGAGUAUAUUUAAUCACCUCAGCUAUUAUAUUAUUUGCUGAUUUUACCCUUGUAUUUGCUGAAUCUCUAAUAUCAAAAAGAGCAGCAAACCUCAACUGGGAAAAAUUUCAAAAUAUUUCAAUAAUCUUUUUGUUGGUCUCUUAUAUUUUCUUACUCCCCCCUCCAUGAGUGAGCAAAACCAUUAAAAAAAUCCCUAUUUUUGCCCAAAAACCCACCCUCGUGAGUCAACAAAAAUUUUUUAAAUUGAAAAAAAUUUUGAUAUAUAAGUGAUAAUUAUUAUAAUGAAAUCUCGAACUAAUUCUGUUUAAUUUUAAACAAAUUGCGUUUAAAACAUAAAUUUUAUAAAUUAAAUUAAUAUUUGCUUCCCAAUUUUUGCGAAUUAGGAUUUUUUUGAAUUUCAAAAAAAAAUAUUUUUAAAAUUUGUAUAAAAAAAACAUUAACCCUUCCAUGAGUGAACAAAAUUUUUUGUUCACUCACGGAGGGGGAGUUAGCAGUUUUUGGCUCAAUUAUGAUUUCCAAUGUGAGUGAGCAUAUCAAAUUCUCCAAGGACAGUGCUCCAGUAUCACUAGGCUUUAUUGCUGUAUAUUGCUUCAUUGUUUGCAGAACUCUGAUUGAGGCAGGAUCAUUUGUAGCUUUUUGAAUGUUCCAAUUCUUUAAAAACAAGCAAAAAAGUACUGAUUCAAAAAUCUCUGCUAGUGGAGCGCUAGAUAACACUGAAAUCCCAUCUAGUCCGAUAGAUAUCAGCAAUAAUAUUAGUGAAGAUGAGAUUUCUGUGGAUGUGAAAUAG